AUGUGCAUCUUUGAAUGCACAAAAGCUUGUGGCUGCAGUGAUGAUUGUCCCAACAGAGUUGUGCAAAAAGGAAGGACUGUCCCCCUCGAAGUCUUCAAGACGAAAAUGUGCGGUUGGGGAUUGAGGACAAGAAAGGCACUCAAGGCUGGAACUUUCAUUACUACCUAUGCAGGAGAGCUGAUCACAGAGGCAGAGACGGAGAAGCGCGCAAAGGUUUACGAACGACACCUUGAGACAUCGUACAUCUACGACAUUGAGCCGCAUAUGGCCGACAACAUCGAUGCCGGACCCUGGGGCAACGUCUCCCGUUUUCUGAACCACUCGUGUGAUCCAAAUUGCGGGACAUACUACGUUUGGACCGAUGAGGUAUUCGAUGUACGUCGACCCGUCAUCUGCUUCUUCACCAGAAGAGAUGUAGCAGAGGGCGAGGAGCUCACCUUUGAGUAC